GCUGCCAGACCGUGUACCAUAAACUCCACCUCCGAAGCUCCGCAAGUCGGCGCUCACACUCACGGGGGCUGAGUGUUUUUGCACUCCGGGUAUUUUCUGUAGUAAUUGGACGACAAAUAAAGUAAUAAUGUUUACCCUUUCAGAAUUAAUGGUUAUUUUAGCAGUGUGUUCGGCCACAGCUUCGGGAUACUUCGUUAGCAUAGACGCUCAUGCCGAGGAGUGCUUCUUUGAACGGGUCAACUCGGGGACCAAAAUGGGCCUCAUGUUUGAGGUUGCCGAAGGAGGCUUCCUGGACAUCGAUGUGGAGAUAACCGGGCCAGACGGCACGCAGAUUUACAAAGGCGACAGGGAGUCCAGCGGAAAGUACUCCGUGGCCGCUCACAUGGACGGAACCUACAAGUUCUGCUUCAGCAACAAGAUGUCCACCAUGACCCCCAAGAUCGUCAUGUUCACCAUCGACAUUGGAGAGGCCCCCAAGGGGGACGGCAUGGAGACGGAAGGUGACGGUGACUCCUGGGACGCUCAUCAGAACAAGCUGGAGGAGAUGAUCAACGAGCUGGCUCUUGCCAUGACAGCAGUCAAGCACGAGCAGGAGUACAUGGAGGUCCGGGAGAGGAUACACAGAGCAAUCAACGACAACACGAACAGUAGAGUUGUGCUCUGGUCUUUCUUUGAGGCGCUGGUGCUGGUGGCUAUGACCCUGGGACAGAUUUACUACCUGAAGAGAUUUUUUGAAGUACGGAGAGUCGUUUAAAAUGGCUUUUUUUUGGUUUUUGUUUUUUAAUUAUUUCACCAUGUACCAGAAACAUCACCUCCACAGUUCAAGAUGGGGAAACUAUUUGAUUUGUCUGCGAUGCCUUUUAGUCAUGCUUUGUGUCUGUGAAGCCUUUCAAUACAGGUUCUGGUUCCUAUUUCUGUUUCUGGGUUUUUCUUUGUUUUCCGAUUGUAUUUGUACCUUCUUCUUGAUGUUAUAAUUGUAUUGUUUUGAACUCCUGGCCUUUUUAGAAGUUGAGGUUAAAAAAUGUUAUUGUACACUUUUUAAGUUUCGACUGUUGCUAGCACAGAGGCCAUCUGUUUGUUCUGGUUUAUUUGCAAAAGCUUUUGAUUUCAUGUGAAGAAACGGGGACAACAAACUAGCAGUGACAACAUGGCCUUUCUUCCUGCACUGAUCGCGAAUUAAAGCUGCAGUCACGUCGAAGAGAUGUGGUUUUGGGAUUGUGUGCACCAGGUCGUCUGAACUGAUGUCAGCUAUCCCAGGAGUCUUCAAUCCUUUGGCUUUUGGGGCAAAGUGGGCUUUCAUUGAAAUUGCAGCUUGUCACCGUGCUUGAUUUUUUUUUUUUGCCUAUUAUUUUCUGAAUAAAACCGACUUGAACAUUGGGGAAAGUCUGCAGAACAACCCAGGCAGUGAUUGGACGCAGUCCAAUAUUUUGAUUGGCCACACUUGCAUCAAGUGGCCACUUUUUUAAAAAUAAUGCUGAGCUGUUCAGACUCUCGAUUCUUAUGCAAGUCCAAGGAAAUAUGUUUUAUCAUUCAAGGCACAUACUGUAUGCAUUUGGGAAUGUUUCUAUAUAGGGGAGCAUGGGAGCUUAAUUGUGUGUGUGCGUGCGUGGGUGUUUGUGUGCGUGCGUGUGUGUGCGUGCGUAUUUGUGUGUGCAGACUGACCAUUUUGUGAGUUGCAUUUAAAAAUUAGCUUUUACUCUAAUAAGAAAAAAUGGUUAUGUAAUUUUGUAUAAUUCAUUUUUUGGUUUGGGCAGGUAUGUGCUUGGUUAGGGAACUUUUUUGUUACUUGGGGAAAUGGGUGUCUGGUCAGUAAAGGAAAGUCAUGACAACAAAGAUUUUGUGCAACGGAGGACAACUCAAUCAAAUCUGUAAAGGUUUAAAGGUAAAUGCUGUAUGUAACAUAUGAACCAGAUUUGGUUAAAAAAAUAAAUAACACUUUAAAACUUU